UAUACAUGCAAGGGAUCUGUUGGAUGUCACGCUAUCGAAAUAUAAUCAGUGUAUAUUGUGAUAAUACUUUUUUCGAAAACAGAAUUUCGUUGUCAUUUCUUUGUAUAGAACAACAGCAUUAAAAUGUCUUCUUUAACUAAACCAAAAUCUGAAAUGACUCCUGAGGAGCUGGCAAAAAGGGAGGAAGAAGAAUUCAAUACUGGACCUCUUUCAGUCUUAACUCAGUCUGUGAAAAACAACACACAAGUUCUAAUUAAUUGCAGGAACAACAAAAAAUUGCUGGGAAGAGUAAAAGCAUUUGAUAGACACUGUAAUAUGGUUUUAGAAAAUGUAAAAGAGAUGUGGACUGAACUUCCACGUACAGGAAAAGGAAAGAAAAAGGCAAAACCAGUAAACAAAGAUAGAUUCAUCUCUAAAAUGUUUUUAAGAGGAGAUUCUGUUAUUUUAGUUCUGAGAAAUCCAUUGGCCACAGCAUCAGGAAAAUAAAUUUUGCCUAAGUUUCUAAUUUUAUAAUUUGUAAU